AAAAACUUUACCAAGAAAAGCGGUGGUUGGAAACGGUUGGUGGCAUUUGGGUUCACAAAAUAAACAGUAGGUUAACGAAACCGUAAUCACUCUCUUUCACUGCUCAAGUGCUCUUCCAUGGCUUCUCUUGUCGGUCCAUCUGCCGCCAUAUCUGUUAAACACAAGGUGAAUCCUCUUAGAAUCGGACCUAUAUCUACAAACUCACUAUCCCCUUUUUACCACUCUAUUGUUGGUAGUAAUAAGUUUCAUGAGCUUUCUUUCAAGACAAAAUCCAAACUGUCUGUUGAAGCUGAUGUAGUUGAGAAAGAAGCAAGGCAUGUCAAUGAGAAGAUAGAUUAUGGGGUUGUUAGUGUUCACCAUGUUGGAGUGCUGUGUGAAAAUCUUGAACGGUCACUUGAAUUUUAUCAAGGCAUUUUAGGUCUUGAAAUAAAUGAGGCAAGGCCACAUGAUAAGCUUCCCUAUAGGGGUGCUUGGUUGUGGGUGGGUUCUGAAAUGAUCCACUUAAUGGAGCUUCCAAAUCCUGACCCCUUAACUGGACGACCUCAACAUGGUGGCCGAGACAGACAUACUUGCAUUGCUAUUCGCGAUGUGUCCAAGUUGAAGGCAAUCCUUGAUAAAGCUGGAAUUCCCUACACACUUAGCCGGUCUGGGAGGCCUGCAAUCUUUACACGAGAUCCAGAUGCAAAUGCUCUAGAGUUCACUCAAGUCGAUAACUGAUAUAUUUACCCAUAGGUGGAAGAUUUUAAUAUGACCUUGGUGUUUGUCUACUCUCAAACACCAAUAUGUAAAGAUUGCAAGUAUCAGAUGUGCAGGAACAUGGAUUUAUGCACCUAUUUGAUAUACAAGAUCACAGGUUAUGAA